AUGGCAAAUACAAUAACUUACGAUCCCGACGAACAUCUAUUUUCGCCAUCGCCCGUUGCAGCAAAUCAAGUUCUCAGUGAAGUUAAUUCACCAAUUUUUUCUGCUUUAAGUUGCACUGAUACUAAAUCAAGCUUAUAUCUAUCUCAAACUAGUAGUAACGGUUCUCCACCACAAUCAAUACCAUAUUCACCAAAUUUAUUUAAUGAUCCUUCUCGACUAACUCAUGCAAAAAAUGAAAUGAUUGAUUUUUCAUUAAUGACAAAAUCUACUGAAAAACUUCAAAUUAUAGCACAACCCAAAGCAUUUUAUCGUGAAAGAUAUUGUAGUGAAACAGAUCCAACUAAACAUCGAGCUCAACGUUUCAUUCGUGCUGACGAUGAUACUGGUAAACAUGAAUAUCCAACCAUUGAAAUUCCACGAAAAUGGCAUGAUCGGAAUCGAGAUUUAUACAUUCGAGUUACUCUUGUUACAAUUUCGUCGGACAAAGUAUCUGUCAUAUGUAUACAUCCAUAUGCAAUUGAUACACCAGAAAAUAAUGUCCUACGAGAUGCAUACAAUAAUUCACUUUAUUUUCCAAUAAAUAGAGAAGAAAUGCUAAGUGGUAAAAAAAGUUUUCUUAUAAAUCGAAAAAAAAUGGUUCAACACGAUUUAAAAUUGUAUGGACCGUUACGUUUAUUUCAUUCAAAUGAAAAUGAUAUUCAACGUGUUACGAAUUCUCAUGAUGCUAAACAAAUCAUCGAAACAUAUCAAUUGUGGAAAUCUCAACUUGUAUUUACUAUAGCCGAACGUUUAUAUCAUAAUAAUUUUCCUAUUUCAAUACUUUCUACAUCAGUAACAUCUCAAAUAAUGUGUGAUGAAGCUAGUCGACGAGAUAAACCACCGAUUAAUGAUACAAAUAUGAUUGAUGAUGAUGCUUCAAUUAAAUGUACACCGAGAAAAGGAGAUUGGAAUGGUGGAGAUGAUGUAUUAAUGACGAUUCCUCGACUCGACAAACGAAAAUUAUUUCAUAUUUAUUUUGAUUAUGGUUCAAUGGGAAAACUAGAUUAUAUAAAAGCAACGUUUGUUGAUUCAAGAACAAUCUUUUUUCAAACUCCACCAUGUCCAAUAUUAGCAACUGAACGAAAUUUUACAGUACCAAUUAUUGUCACACAAAACGAUAUCAUCAUUGCACGUGUUGAUUUUAUUUAUUUAACACCUGUGAAAAUAACAAUAAAUUCAUGUUCACGUUGUCAAUAUGAAAUGAUGAAUAAUAAACGAAGAUAUUUUAUAUUAGACCCUACAGAACCUGAAGGUGGAGAUUUACUUGUUCAACAAAUGAAUCUAUUAACAACUGAAGAGAAGUAUAUUGAAACAAAUCGUCGACAUAUCAAUGAUGAUAAAAUUCCCAAAAUCGAUAAAUAUCUUGGCCAAUUGCAAGAUGCCAUUGUUGAAUUUGUUCGUACAAAUAAUCCUUCGCGACUGUUUCGACGAACACGCCUUUUACUUGUUAAAUACGAUCAAAAUCCUCCACCGUUAGACGAUGCUAUUCGAAAUGGUCAUUUUGAUAUAGCAUUAAAACUUAUCGAGCAAGUAGUUGAUAUGUCGUCUACAUCACCUGGUCUACUUGAACGAAAGAAUAAUGACGGUGAAACACCAUUAUUACUCGCUGCUAAACUCAAUCAAUGGAUUUUAAUCGAAGUAAUUAUUAAGAAACGUUUAGAUCUUACUGAAAAUACUGAUGAGAAUGAUAAUAAUAUUUUACAUCUACUUGCAAAUAUACCCGAAAAUAAAGCUUGCGAAACCAUCAAAAAUGUUCUUAAGUUAUUAUCGGAUAAUUUAAGAGUGAAUCUUUUAAAACAGAAAAACAAAGAUAAUCAAACGCCAAUUGAAAUUGCUCAAUCUAAAAACAAUACACACUGUGCUGAUCUUCUUAAUAAAUCUUAA